AUGGCCGCGCGGAACGCCUCAGCUUUCCAGUUCACGAGCCCCUCAAUCGACCACGAGUUCUGGAAGGACUUCAGCGAGGCCGAUUGUACGUGGCUGUACGCGCCGCUGACGUCUUUGGGCCUAGAUCACGAUUUUUGGAAGGAUUUCUCAGAGGAAGACUGCACGUGGCUGUCUGGCCCGCUGGGCUUCCCGGCGCCUGCAGACACAUCCAUCGAUCAUGCGUUCUGGGAGGACUACAGCGACGAGGAGCAGACGUGGCUCAACACGCCCACGCCCACGCACGUGAUGGGCGCACGCGCUGCUGCCACCAGCGCUGCUGCGAACGUGAAGACCGUCGCUGUGAAGAUCGCCGCUGUGAAGAGCGCUGCUGUGAAGAGUGUUGCUGUGAAGAAUGUUGCUGUGGGGACUGUUCCAGUUAUUCCUGCAGCAGCCAGCGGAUCGUCAGCCAAGGCUACAGCGGCUGCUGCUGUGAAGCCUGUAGCUGCUGUGAAGAUCGUGAAGCCUGCAGCUGCAGCAGCUAAAGGAGAGCCAGCCAAGGCCGCACGUGUGACGCCUGCAGCUUCUAAGAGUGUUGCUGUUAAGAGCAGCCCAGUGGGGUCGGUGGCAACAAAAGCAGCAGCAGAGAAGGCGAGGGAGCAGGGCAAUGGGAGGGCAGCACACACGGCGGUGCGUGCAGCAGCAGCAGGGAAGGCGGCGUUAGGAGGGGUGGAGGCAGUAGGAGGGCGAGCUGCAGGUGUGGGGUCGGGUUCAGGGCGUGGCGGCGGUAGUGGGACUCUAAUCCCUAAGCCUGGGCAGAGCAGGGCAGCGCACACGGUUGCAGCGGCUAAGGUAGUGCAGGCUGCGCCUCACAGCACUCGUAAACCGGCUGCUCCAGCAGCAGCAGUGGCCGCCACUCGCAUUCCCACGCCACGCCCCUCAACAGCCAGUGGCAUUCCCAAGCCGCACAGCGCAGCACCCAAGGGAAGUAGUGAACGGUGA